AUGAACGCCGCAUGGGGCAAGAGCCGAGAAGUUAUGGAGCGAACAUACGGAAGAGCUCACGUGUUGAAACAGCAGUUGGAUUCAACUUGGCAAAACGGACAGGCCGCGCUCGAUGCAGCUUGCCACAGACUCCGGGACAGUCUAGACAAGGCUGGCGAGGACCGGAUUCUUUGCGAGGAGGCACAGUCUAGCGUGACGGAGGGGCUGCCAGCGCUUUUUCUGAAACGGUUCAAGGACCCAGUGCGCUUUGCCAACUUUCAGGGAGGAACUAUCCACGGAUGCCAGCCUUCCAAGUUUGGUUCUGCGCCGGGAGACGAGUGCAACUGUCCGGAUGGCCAUGAAGAGCUUGGGUGUCAGGAUUCGACCGACACCUCGAGCUUCUUGCACAGCUUCACAUCAGUGUUAGCAUGUAAGUGUCCUUUGCAAGACUUGGCCAUUGCAGUUGUGUAA